UCCCGAGUGGGCGCGGCCUGCGUGCGAAGGGGGCGGCCACGGCGGCAGAGGGAGCCCGCCUUCCCUCUCUCCGUCCACGCCACGGAGUUGCGGGAUGCAUCCGCCCCGCGUGGCUUCAUGGAGCCCCGUCCGGAGGAAGGGGAGGGUCCCGCGGGGGGCGCCUUCCAGCUGGUGCCGGUGCAGCUGUGCGGGGGGGCGCCCUGGGGCUUCUCCCUCCAAGGGGGCCUCGAGCACGGAGCCCCCCUCCUCGUCGCCAAGGUGGAAGAUGGAGGGAAGGCGGCCCUGUCUCAGAAGAUGCGCUCCGGGGAUGAGCUGGUGAACAUCAACGGGACGCCACUCUACGGCUCCCGGCAAGAGGCCCUGAUCCUCAUCAAGGGCUCCUACCGUACCCUCAAGAUGAUCCUCCGCAGGAGGAACGUGCCCCUCAUCCGGCCGCACUCAUGGCACCUGGCCAAGCUUUCCGAGGGCCGGACUGAGGCGCCCACCAUGCCCUGUCCGCCUGAUGCCUUCAGCCUCUCCUGGCACUCCGGUUGCGACACCAGUGACCUCUCUCUGCCUUGGAGCCCACUCUCCCGGCAUUGCAGCACUGACCGGAGCAGCUCCCUGGGGAGCAUGGAAAGCCUUGGCCCGGCUGGCCAGAACUACUUGGAGGGCAGCCUCUCCCCCAUCGACCAGGCCAUGUACCAGGACAAGCGUGAUUCCGCCUACAGCUCCUUCUCCGCCAGCUCCAACGCCUCUGACUCCGCCCUGCGCCCCGAGGAGGGAUCCUCUACCGAGAGUGCCACGCAGCAGCAGCCACUGCCACCGGACCCCCGGUACCUGCAGACGGGAAGCGAAGGGGUGGACCCAGCAGUGGGCAGCAGAGCUGGGCAGCCCCGCACUCGGACCUCUGUCCAAUCCACCCCCUCUGCUCCUCAGCCUCCCAUCAGGCAGGACAGCUUGAGAGCCUGCAACCCGCUCCCAGAAGGACCCCCAAACCCUAAAGGGCGCUGGACCUCGGACACUUCCCUCUGUGUCCGUGGGCAAGAGAGCCCAAGCUCCACGGGGCACAGCAAAGAUCCUUUAGCCACUGAGCAGUACUACUUGCUUAGCUCGCACACUGACCAGGUGAUGGAGAAGGAGGUGCCGAGUGCCGAGUCCCUCUUGAAUGAAGGCGAUAAGGGGGUCUGCCCCACAGAAGACCAACAUCUAGAAAGGAAGAAUGAUGGGGACAGGCGGGACCACCAUCUUGAUGUCUCCUGGCCGGGGCCUCUAGGCCACCGGCAUAGUGCCCCAGAGCAUUUGCUGGCUGCCCAGUUGCAGAUGCUGAAUGUGUCCCAUGCUCAGGAUGAUCCCCAAUGGACCGUGUCUCCACUCCACCUGGAGCAAAAGGGCCCCAAUGCUUGGCAGAACCAGGUCCAGAACAGGCAGAGGUCCCCAGAACAGGUAGAAGAAACAGAUCUCUGCUUGGGUACAAAGGAAGGCAUCAAGUGUCCCCUUGAAAGACCCCGAAGUGCCUCUGUUGAGUUGCCCCCUGCCUUAUCUGUACAGCAAAAGCAACUGCUAGGAAAUGGGGACCCCCCUGUUGCCUCCAUUGGCACGAAUGCAUUGACAGAAGGGAUCCGGGAUGCAGGAGAGAGCCGCCCAGCUGCCAAGAAGGGUGUCUUGGCCCCACACCGCUCUGCCCAGAUGCGCCGGCGGAGCGACCGCUUUGCCACCAACCUGCGGAAUGAGAUACAAUGGCGGAAGGCUCAGCUGCAGAAGUCCAAGGGCUCAGCUGCCCUCUUGUUUGGGGAGGAAGCUGUGGAGGAGGCUGAGGAGCCCCCAAGGAGUCCCUCUGGCUUGGAGGCCCCCUCCUGGUCUCCCACUCCUCCUCCUAAAGCCCCCUCCCCUCUGCCUCCUCCUCCACCUCCCUCCUUGGUAGAGAGCAGGCCUCAACGAUCAGGACCGAGCAUCAAGCGCUGGAGCUCAGAGCUGAGUGUCUUUGGAGGAGAUGGUACUUUCCGCAGCCCUGGCCCAGAAUCCAGGUUGAGAGCCCCAGGGCCUGAGAGGCCUCCCAAGUCCCCUCUGCCCCCAGUUCCUGGGCGCGGGGGGCGCUGGCGCUGGUCCCCGGAGCACAAACUGCAGCCGAACAAUGGGAGUCCGCAGCCGACCGAGCCAGAGUCUCCGUCCCGGCACUCGGAGGAGUCGGGCCUCUUGCCAUUUGCCGACCGGAGGAGGUUCUUUGAGGAGAGCAGCAAGCCCCUCUCUCCCACCUGUGCCAGGUUUGGGGGAGUGCCACCCCUCAGGCGGGAGGAGGAGCGGAGCAGUGCCUUCCAGCCGGUGGGCUGUGACCAUAUUGGGCAGCAGAGACGGCGCCACUCCAUGGACCAUUCCUACCCGUUGGAGCCCACCUACCAGGAGUUCUACCAGCCGCUGCCUUGGCACCGGCCGGAUUGGGAGUGCUGGCAGCCCUUGCCCUGUGCGUGUGCACCCCGGGAGGCUUGCCCCUUCUGCCAUGGGGAGCAGCGGUGCCCCCCAAUGCACCACAGGAACCCACCAGUGCCCCCUGGCCACUACACCCACCACUGCCGCCCCCUCGCCUGGACCCGCUGCCCGGACUGCUGCUGCCCGGCUCCGCACCAGCGCCUGGAGGAAAGGGGAGGUCCCUGGCUUGGGAGAAAGGCCUUUCCAAUGGAAUUUCCUGCAGACGAUUGGGAGCCCCCUGCGAUAAACAGGAAGACCAGCCAGUCAAUGAGUGAGCUGCCCCAGCACCAGAUGGGCUUUGCCAGGGCCAGCCCCUUCUGGACCUGCUUCGAGGAGCCUGAACCCGAACGGCCGCCCUCCUUCUGCCGCUCCUCCUCCUCCUGGGACCGCGAAGGGCUGGGGCGAGAGGCUAUGGGUCUGGAGGAGCCCCGCAUGGCCCCCAUCCGCGGAAGAGCCUACUCGGAAAGCCACCUUGGUGUGGAGCCGCCCAGCAGCAGGGAUGGCCGGGAAGCUCUCCUAGCCAAGGUGGAGGAGGCCCCUCUGGAACCGCCUUGUGCGGCCCAAAGGAAGGGCCCGCCCCCUCCACGGCCACCGCCCCCCAACUGGGAGAAGUACCGCCCCCGAUGCCAGCUGCCACCCACCAGAGCCGGCACUGAAUCCCCUCUGGAGGCGGCCCGGAAGCGGUUGCAAAGCCUCCCCUUGGAGCAACUCAGGGACGAAGGUCCCCGUGGGCAGAGCCCUUCCUCUUCCUGUGCCAGCCCCUCCAAUCAAGCUGCCUCCUCCUCACCCUCCAGGAUGCCCACGGAGCCAGGCAGCCUUCGCUAUUACUGUCACCGCUCUCCGUGCCAGAGCCCCGAGUGGCCCACUCUGGACCCCAGCGACAAGAGCGUAUCCUCCCGGCCAUCCAGCUCCUUGGAGGAGGAAGCCACCCCUGAGUCGAGCUGGGAAAAGGGGCAGAGCGGACUCGUCCACAGAACCACCGAGCCGGCCUCCCCAAGCAGCCUCCCCAGGAUUCCCUCCCCCAAGGAGCACCAUCCGGCACAGUCAGGGGCCACAAGAGACGCCCUCCCCUGCAGCAAAGUCAUGGGACCAGGGCCCACUGUCUCCCGCCUGGAUUCGCAGGAGCUGAUGCGGGACGUGGCCGGGAGGGACCGCUCCUUGGCCGGGGUGCUGGGCCCCUCCUUGGGCCGGAUGACAGCAGCCGAAGUCAUGGAGGACCUCUUCUCCGCGGGAGACGGCUCCGCCUGGACCAGGAGAGAUUGGUCAGCCCAAGACAGGGACCAAGACCCUCCUGAGAGGCAGCUGCCUCAAUCUGCCCCCCUAGAUUAUGGGGGGAACCCCAGCAGCUCCUCCUGCUCAACCUAUUACAAUACAUCCAUGGGCAAAGCCGAGGUGCCCCCCAAAGGGACUGCCCUCAGUUCCGAGGACGAAGAGGAGGAGCUGGAUUGUGACCUGGCCCAGAAGAAGGUAAAGGUGGGGCUAAAGUAACUUUGCUGU